AUCCUUUUUAGACCUGUCCCUCUGUCGAAGUGACUCCAGAUCGACUCGACCCUGCGAAGUAGCCGCUGGUCCUCCUCCUCCUCCUCCUCCUCCACGCAGCAGCGAGAAGAAGCGAACUUUUGGUUUUACGCACAGAGAUUCCCUUUCCUCUCUACUUCGAUCACCAUGCCCCAGAUGUUUUCUUUUAAUAUUCCUUUUUACACAAACUUAAAGUGGGCGCAGGCGACCAUGCGAGUUCUUCUGGCUCUCGUGCUCGCAUAUGGAGUGUCCGCUGUCAAUAUCACAGAGGAGAAGGCAACCUGUCCGCUGGGAUAUUUCCCCUGUGGAAACCUGACUCUGUGCCUCCCUCAGCUCCUGCACUGCAAUGGCAUUGAUGACUGUGGGAAUCAAGCCGACGAGGAGAACUGUGGAGACAAUAAUGGGUGGCCGCAUCUUUUCGACAAAUACUUUGGAAUGCCGAGCUAUAACACCAGGACCAGGUCCAAUAUAUGCUUGCUGGGUGUUGUUCCAGAGCUCUGCCAGUGCCGGGACCUUGAGCUGGACUGUGACAGUGCCCAGCUUACAGAUAUCCCAGUGGUGGCCGUAAACGUCACCAUGAUGUCUUUACAAAGGAACAAGCUUCAGAGACUGAAAGAAAACACGUUCUUUAAAUACCAGAGCCUACAGAAACUAUACCUUCAGUACAACAGAAUCCAAGAUGUGAGUCCCGAUGCAUUCAGGGGCCUGUAUAACCUCACGAGACUAUAUCUAAGCAACAACAAGAUAUCGAUCCUGAUGCCGGGAGUGUUCCAGGACCUGCACAAGCUGGAGUGGUUGAUCCUAGAAAAUAACAAGAUCCAUCAUAUAUCCCCCAUGACCUUUUCAGGGCUGAAUUCCCUAGUUUUACUGGUUCUGCUCAACAACUCUUUGACAAAGCUGGAUGACAUCUGUCGGGAAAUGCCGAGAUUGAACUGGCUGGAUUUGGAGGGAAAUCUCAUUGAAACCAUUGGAAACGUCUCAUUCUGCUCAUGCAAUAUGUUGACAGUUCUCGUUCUACAGCAAAACAAGAUCAGCCACAUCCAUGAACAAGCUUUCUCAGUCCUCCAAAAGCUCGGGGAAUUGGAUCUGUCCAACAACAGGCUGGUGGCAAUCCCUCCCAAUCUCUUUGUUUUACUUGGGGAUUUGCUCCAACUGAAUAUAUCCUACAAUCCUAUUGUGGAGCUCCAGGUCAAUCACUUUGACAACCUGUAUAAACUCAAGUCAUUGAGCAUAGAGGGGAUUGAAAUUGGAAACAUACAACGGCGGAUGUUUGAGCCUCUCAAAUACUUGACUCACAUCUACUUCAAGAAGUUCCAGUACUGUGGCUACGCUCCGCACGUGCGCAGCUGCAAGCCAAACACUGACGGCAUCUCGUCCUUCGAGGAUCUGCUGGCCAACAUCGUGCUGAGGGUCUUCGUUUGGGUGGUGUCCGCCACCACCUGCUUCGGCAACAUCUUUGUCAUCUGCAUGCGCUCGUACAUCCGCUCCGAGAACAAGCUGCACGCCAUGUGCAUCAUCUCCCUCUGCUGUGCAGACGGACUAAUGGGCAUCUACCUCUUCAUGAUUGGCGCGUACGACCUGAAGUAUCGAGGCGAGUACAACCGGCACGCUCAGGCCUGGAUGGACAGCAGUCAGUGUCAGGUCAUCGGCUCUCUGGCCAUGCUGUCCACUGAGGUAUCUGUCCUGCUCCUCACGUAUCUCACUCUGGAGAAGUACAUCUGCAUCGUCUACCCUUUCCAGUAUUUGACACCGGGCUGGCGCCGAACUGUCACGAUCCUCCUCGGGAUUUGGGUGUUCGGCUUCAUCGUCGCCUUCCUGCCGUUGGUCUGCAAGGGGCUGUUUCGCAACUUCUACGGGACAAAUGGCGUUUGCUUCCCUCUGCACUCGGAGCAGCCUGAGACGCUAUGGGCUCACGUUUACUCCAUCGUAAUUUUCCUGGGUCUGAACCUGGUGGCGUUCCUCAUCAUUGUCCUUUCCUAUGCAAGCAUGUUCUAUAACAUCCAGAGGACAGGCACUCAGACCACAAAAUACAGCAACCACAUCAAGAAAGAGGUGACCAUCGCCAAAAGGUUCUUCUCCAUUGUCGUCACUGACUCCCUUUGCUGGAUCCCGAUUUUCAUCCUCAAGAUCCUGUCACUGCUGCAGGUGGAGAUUCCCGGUACCAUCAGCUCCUGGGUGGUUAUAUUUAUCCUCCCCAUCAACAGUGCACUUAACCCCAUUCUUUACACGCUGACGACGCGACCUUUCAAAGAGACCAUUCUUCAGGUGUGGGCGAACUACAGGCAGCGGCGGCCGCUGCUCAGCGGUCAUCACGCUCAUCAUCCAUCGCUCACCUGGCAGGAAAUGUGGCCCCUGCAGGAGAACAGCAAAGACCUCACCCCAGGAAACCCUCUGAAAAUGACGAGCCCGGUCGCCAAGCUCACCCCUGUGGAAAAUACCAAUGAGAGCUACAAUGACAUUACAGUAGGCUCACAGCAACAGCCGAAGCAAUGCACAGUCCUGUCAGUGUGCUCAGAGAAAAGAAAUGUGCUCCACACGCUCACCCACGUGCAAACAAAUGAACUCAUCUAGGUGUCUGCCGCCAAAUCAAUUGUGAUUCACUUUCAUUCAUCGUCAAAGAUAAGAGCGUUUAAUCUCUUUUUAAAGUGGCACGCAGUGAUUUGUGCCCUGAUUUCUCCCUGUAGGGUUGAAAAAUCAUUUGUACUCAUGAGUAUUUUUGGAAAUGUUUGCAUGUUUUGCCUAUUCUCCAUCACAGCAGGAAGGAGAAAUAAAACUAGAAGCUUCACAAGUCCCAGGGCUAAAUUAUUAAGUAUCUUAUUAUUGGAAAGCGCAGAAGCUAUUUGUUAUUUUUACACCAGAGAAAUGUAUUAAAUAGAUUUCCUUUUUUUCAUUUAUUGUUACAUGAAUAUCAUCUAUAGUCGAUUUUUAAUGCUAUCAAUCCAGGAAAAAGAUUCAAAGUUUAGAUUUCCUUUGCAUUUCAGGUUGAAAAUGCAAGCAAUCUGUCAAAACAUCUCAGAAAAGUCCAUCACAUAUACAUGCAGAGAAAUGCAGCUUUCGAGUGCCUGUAGUUUAUACGGUUGUUUAAUGUAUCCUCACAGCCUGAAGCUUAGCCCGCACACAGACUUAAUAAAUUAUACAAACAUGUUUUAUUUAUUGAUAGAAACCAUUAGCCAGAUUAUGGUUUCUAGACAAAUCCAUAAUUUGUAAAUUCACUCCGACACUAUCAUUGCGUUGUCUAAAAUUCAAAGGAGAAUGGAUAAAAACUGCUUUUACAGUAUUGUAAAGUAAGCAGUAGGGCUGAAUAUGGGUUAAACAUUUUCAAAACUAUCUCAAUAUUCAUAUCUGUAUGGUAUACAGAUACGGCGGCUCCCAUUAAAGCUGCAGUAGGUCAAAUUGGUUGGAAAAUAGCUGAA